AUGGCGGACGUCGAGGAUGUGACAAUAAUGUUGUUGCUUGUGGCUUUCGGUUUGGUCGCAAGCGCAUCGUGCGCGCACGCCGGUUACUGUUCGACGAACACGUUUCCGACAAAUUCAUCAUGGAUGCACUUUACAAAGGAGCCGAUUCCGUUCGAGUAUGGAUUUCAGGAUAAAUUCAAGAGUAUACACUGUUGUGUCAAAGGAUAUAGGAGUAUUGAAUGGUAA